AGGCUGCACAGUGGAGUUCUCAGAGAUCUGGAGCGUCAGAAUCAGAAGAAGGAGAAUAUUCGCCUGCUAGAAGAGCAGAUCGCUUUGACAAAGCAGCUUAUGGAAGAAAGAGACAAGAUACUUAUGGAAAAAGAUUCCCAGCAGUCCUAG